CCGGAGUCGGGCGGCAUGGGCCGCGCGGCCGCCGGCUCUCCGGGACGCCGCAGGCAGCGGUGCCGUUUGCCGGGCAGGCGGCGGCGGCGCCGAGUCCUCCGGCGGCGAAAAGCCCCGGCGUGCGGGCGCCAGAGAGCGCGCCCCCGGCGGAAGAGAGCGCCCAGGAGCCCUGGGCGGGCGGAGCUUGCGGCCAGGGAGAACGAAUGCUGCGUUGCGUGUCCUGACCCGGACCCGUGCGCGGCCCGCGACGACUGGCGCUCUGCCCGCUCCAUGCACGAGUUCUCAGCCAAGGACAUCGAUGGGCACAUGGUUAACCUGGACAAGUACCGGGGCUUCGUGUGCAUCGUCACCAACGUGGCCUCGCAAUGAGGCAAAACAGACGUAAACUACACUCAGCUCGUCGACCUGCACGCCCGAUACGCUGAGUGCGGUUUGCGGAUCCUGGCCUUCCCCUGCAACCAGUUUGGGAAACAGGAGCCAGGGAGCAACGCGGAGAUCAAAGAGUUUGCCGCUGGCUAUAACGUCAAGUUUGAUAUGUACAGCAAGAUCUGUGUGAACGGGGACGAUGCCCACCCGCUGUGGAAGUGGAUGAAAGCCCAGCCCAAGGGGAGGGGCACCCUGGGGAAUGCCAUCAAAUGGAACUUCACCAAGUUCCUCAUCGACAAGAACGGCUGUGUGGUGAAGCGGUAUGGGCCCAUGGAAGAGCCCCUGGUGAUAGAGAAGGACCUGCCCUGCCACUUCUAGCCCCACCUGAACAGUGUGCACCCCUUGCCCGAGUCCACUGCCUCGCUGUUAAGAGCCUUCCCCCCCGGCACCCAUGACGGUCUGCCUGGAAACCAGCCUGCUGGUGGGACAGACCCGAGAACCCGGCGUGCACCUUUGCCGGCAGAAGGCCCCUCGGCCCGGCCUAGCUUGUGGCUUGGCGCACCCCCAACCCUAACUGUUUUCCUGUGGGAAUAAAAUAUAAAAAUUGG